CAUUAAACUCACCUACGGUGCUUGCUUUCUCGUAGUACUUCUACUCAGUAUGACUGACUAGGAAUCCACACAAAAAAAAAAAGAAACUCACCAAAGACUAUGAGUUCUUUGCCACUUCAUGAUGGUUGUAAGACAUUUAUGCACCUAUGGUGAGACAGGAUCUUUUAGGACAGCACCUCAAGUAGACUAUUUGGAAGUGAAGAGCAACAAAUCUAAUGGAUCAAAUGGACAUUGACUGUGUAUUGGUUGUUCCAGACACCCCUACCAGGUUACCUGCAAAGAAUGCAGAGUACAGUAGUGGAGUGCACAAGGAGAUUGAUGCAUCCCUGCCUAGUCUUUCAGGACAGGGGAAUGUUUCUACUGAACAGCAAAAAACGCAGUUAAACAAUGCCACUGGAAUCAGAAGAUUGUUUAUUCAUCCUCCAAGAAGGCAUGCUUCUAACAAUUCCGAGUGUCAUGCAAACUCAUCCACCUCUGGCACACGUCAUCCGUCUUCUUCUUCAAGAAUUGAUAAUUUGUUUGCAAGGAAGGAUACGAGUUUCUCCAAUUCUGAGGGAAAAGACUCUGGUUGUCUUCAACUUAUAAAGAAAGACAGCACAGAUUCAAAUCCUGGAUAUUCUUGCAAAGAUAGUUUACAUCUGAUGGAAAAAAGUAUGCCUGCUCAAGUACUAUCAGGAAGUAGCCAAGGCGAAGGUUUUAGCAAAAGAGAAGUAUCAAGUAAUGGAUUCUCUAACUUACAAAGUAUGAGAAGUUCUUCAGAAACAAUCAAAGUUGACAAAGAACAAUUUGAUGAUGGGUACAAAGCUGGUUUCAAUAUGAUUAAUGGAGUAAGAAAGGAAUUUGUUCAUGAUACACAGCACAAUGACAAUAAGGAUGUAUGUGCAUCUGUUAUUACCUUACCUAGGGUAACUAGACAAAAGAGAUUGGUGCGAAAUGGAUGCAUAUCUCCACAUAACAUAGCAAAGGCCAAGAAACCAGUUGGAAGGGACCAUAAUGAUCUUCUUACGGUUAAACAAAAUUAUUGCAGUUCUGUGUCAUCAUCUAGCAAUUCAGAGAGUCAAAUUAAUGUUAAAGAUUUAGUGUCUGAAGGACAUGCUUCAAACACAAUGAAGGGAAAAGGGAUAAUGGCCCAUCCUUUUACUUCAACAGGACUGAAUGGGAAAAAUGGACACACAUCUUUCAGAAAUGUAAUUGAUGUUGAUGAAGAAGUGAGUGAAAUCGCUGCUGCCAAUCAAGAUGCGUUCAGAAGCAUUGAAGAAUCAGGUGGAUGGAGAAGUACACGAAAUUGUUAUCAGAUAUCCUUGUCUGAUGAGGACCCCCAUUUAUCCUUGGGGAAUGAUAUUAAUGCAUGCUCUGAAACUAAGCACAACCAGCACAAACUGCUGAGAAGAGAAAAUGGAACUAAUGCUCAGAGCCAUGAUCACUAUCCCAAUUGUGAGGAUUUAUCUUCUCAUAGAUAUCCUUCUGCAAGGAAUUCCAGUCAGGUGGCCAGACCCCUUGGGCAACAAUUAAGCCAUAUUGAUGUGCAUCAUCCGGUGAUAAUAACCCCACUUGGUAAAAGGCAAAAGCAGGGAUCUACCUCAAUUAAUAAUGCUGAAUGUUCCACUUCAGCUUUCAAUGAUGCAGAUAUCAUAUUUAGGGACUCAUAUAGGGAUCCCAAUAAUAAUUCAAGAGAAAAUACUAACCAAAACUGUAGCAGAAGAGAUAACCUAGAACCAAUCAUUGAUAUUGAUGAUUUAUCCCCUCAAGCAACGAAUGAUGGUUCUAAAGGAGUAGCAUGCUGUAGGAGCGAUGAAGAUGCUAGAGCCAGACAGGUAGAAGCAGAUGAAGCACUGGCACUGGAGCUCCAAGAGCAAUUAUUCAACGAGACGCCUGUUUUUGGAGUUGAUAAUGAGGUUGAUCAGCAUGUAGCCAGGGCUUUGCAACAAGAGGAUUUUCACCUUUCUUUCUCUGGGGACACACAUCAUAGAAGCAGAUCAUUUGCAAAUACAAGGCAUUCCCAAUAUCAGUCUUCUGUUAAUGCUUCUCGAGGAGCUCCUCGAGCUUCUAACUCUAAUAGAUUAGCAAGAUGGAGGAGCCGUUUUCCUGGACAACCUCGUACACUCUUGCCAUCUACUGGGAGAAAUUCUAUAUUUCCUUCUUACAUGGAUGUUGAGACGAGAAUGGAAGUAUUGGAAACACUUGAGGCUUUUAGUAAUAUGGGAGUACAUGGUGAUUUCCUUCAAACUCAGCGCGACUUCAAUGAAAACGACUAUGAGAUGUUGUUGGCACUUGAUGAGAACAAUCACCAGCAUGCCGGGGCAUCAAUGCAUCAAAUUAAUGGUUUGCCAGAGUCGACUGUUCAGAAUGAGAAUCUCGAAGAAGCGUGCUCUAUAUGUCUCGAAAAUCCAACAAUGGGGGACACCAUCCGCCAUCUCCCUUGCUUACACAAGUUCCACAAAGAUUGCAUCGACCCAUGGCUGCAAAGACGAUCGUCCUGCCCGGUCUGCAAGUCGUCCAUCGCUUGAUUGCGGGUAAAGACUCGAGAGGACUCUUGUGUGUGUUAUUCCAUUUAUCAGCAUUUUGUUUUUACGGCUCCAUGAUGCGUCGUACUCUCUAAGGCAGAACGUAAAAUCGCAUCAAUGAAACUCCAUCUUCAUGCCCAGAAAAUGGUGGUUGUUGGCCACACAUCCUAUGAUCAGAUUUGGCCAUUUUGGCUAGAUUUUGGUAUAUUAGUGGAUACUCAAAAAUAGAAGAUUGGGAGUAGGGGUGUUUGAGUAAUUUUACUAUAUUAAAUUUCUAUUUCUACUCAACAUAUAGUCAGUAAUGUACUAUGUUUCAUUAUAUUAAUUUUUAUGAAUAUUCUGACC